AUACAAAUUACUGUAAUUGAAAUGACUCUCUAUUCUGAAUUUGUUCAGAGUGCACAAAUUCCAGCUAUGUCUAAACAAUCAUCAGAAUUAUUUAAACAACAACGACAACAACAAUCUCAUAUCACAUUUAAUCACAGUAAACAUCAUAAAGAUAAAUUAGACGAUACUGAUUCGGGAUUUUUAAGUAGAGCUACAAAUAUUGAAAAAUUAUCAAUUAAUAAUGUACAUGAUACAAUUUCUAUAGUACUUUCUAUUGAUUCAUUACAGUCAUCAGUUAAUGAACAUGAUCCCGACAAACGCCAACAAUCACAACGCAGAAGUUCAUCAGGACAAAAAUUAGCUAAAUUAUUAAAUGUUUUUACACCAUGUCGAAAUCGUAUUGCACGACGGAGUAGAUCAUUUGGUGAUAUAAAUAAAACUUUAAAAUCUAAUCAUAAAUUUAACUGGAAAUUUAACACUUGUUCAUCACAAUUGAAGGUUGUUGUACCCACAAAUGCUCCAUUGGUGACAUCACGUACCACAUUAUCAGUUUGCAGAAAACAUGAUGAUAUAUUAAAUGAAUUAAUACAUGAUGAUGAUAAUAAUAAUAAUAUUAAUAUUGACAAUAAUAAUGGUUCACCAUCAUCCUCCAUAUUUUUCAAUGCCAAUUGUUCUUAUUCUACGCAAUUAGAUAUUUUUAUUGCUGAACCAAAUCAAGAUUUGUAUGAAUUCCGUAGACGUUACCCAUCGCAAUUUCUAGCAUUAGUUACAAAUUAUUUAGGCUUUUUAGUAUUCACCUCAGAUGAAUUAGAUCAAAUUCGUGAAAUUUUAGUAAAAGAUGCCAAACAAUUACAAACUACAACGUUAACAUCAUCAACAACAUCGACAACAACAGUCAAGACAGAUUUGGAAACUAAUAAGUCCGAAGUCAGUGAUAAUAAUAAUAGUAGUAAUAGUAAUAAUACAAACGAAAGCAAUAGUAAAACACAGUAUACACCAAGAAAAAUGUUGAGUCGAUUACGUGAACAAAAACAAAAUGUUUCCAAAGAGAAUGAAAUUAAUCAUUGGUAUACAGUGGUCAAUGGAAUUUUACGAUUUAUGCUUAGAAAUAAAAAUUACAAACAUCGAUUUAUUUUUCGACGUCCUGGGAAUCAAUCAAAUGUAAAUAAUUUCGAAAAAAUUUUAUUUCAUCAACAUGGACCCUCAUCUACUUCAUUUUCAUCUUCCAAUAAUACUUCAUCAAAUUCAUUAGAAAAAUCCAAUUCAGCUAAACAAUAUGAAAAUCAGUUUACAACUGAAAUGAAUAAUAUUGAUCGAAUACUACAUGAACAUGAUCCAUCAGUAAUUGCUUGUUUAUUAGCUCGCAUUUUACGUAGACAAGGUAUUGGUUUAAUACCUAAUCCAUUACGUCGUUUAUUUAUUCAAUUAAUUAGUAGCAUCAAACAAAAUGAAAUUUAUCAACGUCGUGCUAUACGUUUAUUAUUUCUAUUAUGUCCAAUACGUUUAGUUCAACAAAUUAUUAAACCAUUAUUUGAAUUAAUGGCUACAGUUGCAAAUGAACCAGAUUGUGAAGUAGAUGAAAGUAGUUUAGCUGUAUUAUUUUCACCGAUAUUCUUUCUUGAUCGUUCAACUACUACACCAAUUUCAUUAGCUAAUCCAUUACCAAUACAUGUAUUAAAUUUAUGUGUUAAAUUAGCACGGGAUGAAUUAAAAACAAAUUUAUCUGUUACAAGAUUAUUUCAAGUUCCUUCGUUAUUUUUACAUGAUUGUACAAGAAAUUUAAUUUUACAUCAAACAUCAGACAGUCCUGCAUUGUGUUGUAGUCUUAAAUAUUGUGUUACUAUGACACCAAGUCCACGUUCACAAGGCAAGAAAUCGAAUGAAUCAUUGACAAAAUCGGAUACAUCUACCAUGAGUACAAAAUCAAAUAAUCCCAUAGUUAAUUUAACAGCCGCAUUCUUAGCUAAAAGACCACGUGCUCAUUCCCCAGUUUGUGGUAACUCAAAGGAUUGUGUCACUCCAUUAGUUAAAAAUACUUUACACGGUCCAACACUUGAUUUCCGAAUACGUCGUACACCUACACAUACUGUUUUACGUAAUCAAAAUGUAAAUAUGAUUCGUUCUCCUGUAUCAGCAAUUUAUGGUCAUUCAAAUGGAAAAUCAUCUAAAUCAGAAAAUCAAAUGAUAUAUCUAUAAUAACAACAAUAAUCCUAACGGCAAACAAAAGAGAAGCACAACAUUGAUUAAUCAUAUUCAUACAUAUUUUCAAUUGUAUUGUACAUAUCAUCACCUUUAUGUUUGAUAUCAAUCACUUUAAUAUUGUGUAAUUAUUGUAUUAUAUUCAUGGCAAAAGUCUAUACAGAUCAAUAUUGUUAACAAAUUGUUUCUUUCUUUCUUUCUGUUCAUAAUUUCAGUUGAUUUCUUUUAUUUCUAUUUCGUUUAUUUUCUUUUAUAUGUUAUACAACAAUUUCGAAUUAUUGUAUUUCCCCUAUCCCAACCUUAUUCAAUUUCGUUUUCCGGCAACGAACUCAUCCUCGUUAACGGUUAAAAGUGACGAAGAAUAAAGACAAUACUUAGUGUUGUAAAAUAAACUAAUAUUACGAUGAUUUUCAAAAGAAUCAAUAAAGAUUUUUGUAAUUAAUGUGUAUAUUAUUAGUAGUAUUAUUAACUAUUUUCCACUGUUUGCCUACACACAUCUAAUCAUUGUCUAUUACUCUCUGUUAUAUAUUCCUUAUAUUAUUUAAAAAGGCAAAUGAUAAAUUGUGUAAAUUUAUUCAUUUUUACAAAAUUGUAAAUAAUUUCAACUAAUUUGUUGUUUAUCAUUAAUUUUUUUAAUCUGAAUAUAAAUAAAAUUUGUAAAUAUUUUA